AUGAGAGGUGCGUUCACCAUCCGUCCAUCCUCCGCCCCCCUGCUCACCGCCGGUCAACCCCUCCUCCGCCUUUCCCGUGGCACUAUCAAUCGGCCUAUUCCGGCGACCAGGCCACCGCCUUGUCUCCGACUGACCACUGCCCGUGCCGUAGGCUCCGCCUUCCAGCCCGAUGAGGCCACGGUUCCUGCCCCCCUCCCGCUCCCUGUUCCGCCUGUCUCGAAGUUUAAGAUCGCUCUAUGCCAGUUGUCUGUGACGCCGGAAAAGGAGAGGAACAUCGCCCGUGCUCGCAAAGCCAUAGAGGAGGCCGCCGGUAGGGGGGCGCAGCUUGUUCUUUUGCCGGAAAUAUGGAAUAGUCCGUUUUCAAAUGAUAACUUUCCAGUUUAUGCCGAGGAUAUCGAAGGUGUUGGUGAUGCAGCUCCAUCAUUUUCGAUGCUGUCUGAAGCUGCUCGCAGCCUGCAGAUUACUAUUAUUGGUGGAUCGAUUCCAGAACGUUCUGGUGAUCGUCUGUACAAUACGUGCUGUGUUUUUGGCACAGAUGGAAAGCUCCUGGGUAAACACAGAAAGAUACAUCUUUUUGACAUCGAUAUUCCUGGAGAGAUUACAUUCAAGGAAUCAAACACACUUACAGCUGGGAAACAUGCUACUAUAGUGGACACAGAUGUAGGGCGCAUUGGUAUAGGUAUUUGCCAUGACAUUCGCUUCCCGGAGCUAGCAAUGUUAUAUGCAGCAAGAGGUGCUCAUUUGCUAUGCUAUCCUGGGGCAUUUAACAUUUCCACUGGCUCCUUACUCUGGGAGUUGAUGCAAAGGGCAAGGGCUGCUGAUAAUCAGUUAUUUGUGGCUACCUGUUCCCCUGCUCGAGACACUAGUGCUUGUUACAUUGCCUGGGGUCAUUCCACACUUGUUGGACCUUUUGGAGAAGUGAUAGCAAUGGCAGGUCAUGAGGAGGCAAUCAUUGUAGAAGAGGUCGACUAUUCAUUAAUUGAACUCAGAAGGUCAAGCAUCCCAUUGAACCAGCAACGGCGUGGUGAUUUGUAUCGGUUAGUGGAUGUUCACAGGCUGAACUCUCACGGUCUGUAAAUGGUAAAUGCAAAAGCUAAUUUCUUUCUAUCAGAUUAAAACUGUGUACAAGACACUGGCACAAAUUAAAACCUGAGCUGUGUGGAACGAUGUAUUAACUAUGAAUGUUUCAAAAGAGAGUUGAAUCGAUGGUGUGUUCUUGACUCAUACAA